AUGUCACUGAAGGCAACCAACGAGAACCUCCCACCAAAUGUGAUCCGACAAUUGGCUAAAGAAUUGAAGAAUCUUGACGACUCACCUCCAGAAGGGAUCAAAGUUAGUGUUAAUGAUGAUGACUUCACCACUAUUUUUGCUGAUAUUGAGGGUCCGGCUGGAACUCCAUACGAGAAUGGAUUAUUCAGGAUGAAGCUAUUAUUAUCCCGUGACUUCCCUCAGUCUCCUCCCAAAGGAUUCUUUUUGACCAAAAUUUUCCAUCCAAACAUAGCAACUAGUGGUGAGAUAUGUGUGAAUACACUGAAGAAGGAUUGGAAUCCUGGUCUUGGAUUAAGACAUGUUCUGCUGGUAGUGAGAUGCCUUCUGAUUGAACCAUUUCCUGAAUCUGCCCUCAAUGAACAAGCUGGAAAGAUGUUACUUGAAAACUACAAGGAGUACACACGGCAUGCAAGGCUAUACACUGGCAUCCACGCAAUUAAACCUAAGAACAAAUCGAAGAGCGGAGUUAUUUCUGAGUCAACCACAGCUCUAAAUGUGGGCCAGUCCAAUGUUGUUCUCGGUGAGAACACGCCUUUGGCGUCAGCAACGAUAUCUACCUCUGCUGCGGCCAAAGCAUUAGGUAAAAACUCUCUGGAUCAGAAUGCUGCUACGUCUGAUCCUGUUGUAGGAGCAUCCGGCGUGCCCAAGAAGGAUGCGCCACAUGCCGUCAAAGUAGUUGAUAAGAAGAAGAUGGAUGCAAGGAAGAAGAGCUUGAAGAGAUUGUAA